CCGCCUGCGACUUAUCGAUAAUUAUCGUUAGCGCUUAAAUUUAACAAUAUUAUCGAUAUGAAGCAAUUAUCGAUAUUAACGAUAAAUAUCGAUAACUUUCCCAUCACUAAUCUUUGCUUAUUUGACGUUGUUGACAAAUUUUAUUUACGUCAAAACUGGGACGAGUCUGAUAGUGCCAUCGCUUGAAUUUAUUUAGACUUAUCUUAGUAGAAUGAAAAAUAAAAAUAAUGGCAAAAGCAACAAACACUGAGCUGCUAAAUCAAGGAAUUUCAGUUGAAAAAGAGUUUGCUACGGAAUUUGACCAAUUACUGCAGCGUAUAAAUGAAGAAAUCAAACAGUUUGCUGGGGCUGAUGCAGUUCUAAUCGGAAAUUGUCCCGCAACAACUGUUAAAACCGACUUGGACAAUUUUUUUCAUGGAUUUGCCACAAUUGUAAAGCUUCAUAAAAUCGUCUGCUCCGAUAUACAGACAACUCUGUUUGUCGCUAAAUUUGACUCUAUCGAAUCAGCAUCACGUUCAAUGGUAUUGAACACACUAUCAUUGAAUGGGAAAAAAAUUUUGUUAAUAAAAGCGGACGGAAAGCAGUUAUUUGAUAAAAACACUGUAGUUGAACUCAAGGGACUUCAGGAACAUGCAGAAGAAAUCAUCUACGACCACAUGAUAACAUUUGGUAACAUUAACUUUAUACUAAAAACUUCCGCGGUUACAUACAUUGUAUUUGAAGAAGCUACUGCAGUUAAAGUAAGCUGUCAAUGUGAUUAUCUUGACAAAUAUCCAGUGACUAUACGACCGAUAGUAAGUUGCCUUGCAAGUGGUGCAACCGGGGCUUCAAUCGAAACAUGCAUAUUAGAUCAGAUCAUUCAAAAUGAUAAUGUCGUGGAAGAGGAAGCUCAAAUUAAUACCUUCAUGCGGCUGCUUGACAUGGAAAAUUUAGACGACUAUUUAGAAGUAGAUGAUCAAGUGAAAAACGCCGAUUUGUCGGCAAAAGCAUUGCUGGAAAUAGGGAACGAAGAAAUAAUUGUCGCCGACGAUGAGAGUUCAGAGCUUUCGGAAGAAGGCGCUGAUGUUGAUGCUAUUGAAAAGCAAGCGCUUUGUAAAAAAGUUUAUGGAAAAGGAGUAAUGCAAGGCUUUGUUAUGGUAGAUGUAUAUACUGCACGGCUACUAAAGUUGAAUGGUAGUAUUCUGCGACUCUCGAAAUUGCCACAGUUACAAGUUCUAGUACAAGAUUGUAAAAAAGAAAAGUUGAAAUUAUUAUGUAACAAAGUGGAAGGAAAAAUCCCGUUCAGAUUUUUAUCUGAACGACAAGAAAAGAUUUCAACUGUUAAACUCCCCGAAAUAAGAGUUGCAGAGAAAAGAAAAGCAAUUAAAAACACUAAACAUGAUCCACAAAUAAUUAAUACAAGUCUCAAAACAAUUUUGAAGCCGGUUGAGUCAUCGAAAUUCAGCCAGCAAACACAAUGUUGUUCUAGUAAUUUAGGUGAUAGCCUAAAACAAAAGCACUUCGAAAUUUUUGAUCGCGAUUUAACAUCUCAUUCUGAUUCAGUUAACUUGAAGUUUACCAAGAAGGUAGCUUAUGUAAAAUUGGUUAAGCUUAACCAAAAAGAGAUAGAAGAAUUUUCACAUUGCAGAGUUGAUAAAAGCGAAGAAAGAAAAGAAAAACAUCCCAGUGGAAUUAUUAAAAGAGAAGAUGCCGAGGAGAACAAUAGCAAAGAUAUUGAAAAUACAAAACUUCGAUCCAUAACCAAGCACUGGGAACCGGAAGAUAGCCAGUGCCCCAUGAGUGAAGGUUUCUCACCGAUUACAGCGGCUGUAGGGUGUGAUUUGGCUUCAACUUUAUCUAAAAAAGAAGUUAAAAGUGAAACCAUUAGGGAUGCAAAUAUUCAAUUGAGCAACACAAGCACGAAGAUGGCUAUUCAAAAAAGUAAUAGCAAAGAUUUCAACAAAGUAGAUAUCACUGUCAGUGACAUUGUUUAUGAUAAUUGUAAUGCUGAAGAAACUGGACCAAAUCUGUCUUCUAACAGCUUUCAAUCAGACGAAGAUGGUCCUCUCAUCAUUGAUCUUCCUGUCGAACAGGAAACAGUUUGCAUUGCAGAAAAGGACCUUUCAUCAAAAAAUAAAACACAUGAAGCAUUCGUUUUCGUGGAUAUAAAAAGUGCUGUUUUGCUUGACAAAUACGUACGUCAUGAUAAUCGAGUUUAUCUCGCGGAUUUACCUUGUUUGAAUAUUAAAAUCAAACGUUUGCUUGAUUGCGAGUAUAAAAAUGUUAAAUCUAGAGAAGCUAUUAGAAAGGCAAAACCUUGUUUAAGUAAAAGACCCGUUUCGAUGUCGGCAAAGAAAAGAGUGGGAAUGAUUCAAGAGAAGCCACGUAAAACAGAUUUGGAUAAAAUAGAUAAUAAGUUUUUACCCGCAGGGUCAAAACUCAAAGCGCAGGCUAAGGCCAAAUAUAAAUCUGAUAUUUCUAACAAAAAUAAACAUGUUCCGGUUCCAGAACUUCCUAUUGAGUUAAAAGCACAUCUUAACACUAAUUUUAAAAUACCGAAAAAGCACAUUGCUGUUAAGCCUCAUACAAUUGAACGGAAUCCCAGUGAGUUGAAUUGUUUGCAUAAAGACCAAACAGCAAGACUGGAACACCACAAGCGCUUCCAUAAAGAUCGCAAAUACAGAGAUGACCGAAUGAAUAAACUCGGCCCUCGUGAGAAAAAACUAAAACAUAUGGAACAAGAUUCUGUUAGUACGGAGUAUUUCAACACAUUUUACGAAAACUGUGAUUCUCCAACAGCUGAUAACAAUCAAGACAAAACAAGAUUUCCUCAAGACAUGAAAUCAAUGAUGUUUUGUGAUCAGCGUGCUAAAAAGGUUCCUUCUUUCGAGGAUAUUUGGGAUAUUCCUAUUGUGCAGCCUAAUGUGUCUGUUUAUGAACCGAAAACCGAAAGCAUGUCAGUUUCUGAAUUUGGCAACACUUUAUUGAACUCAGAUGUUAACGAGACAACUAACAGCGUUGGGUUCUGGGCCGCUGACAAGCGAGUGCAGCAGCACGCGGAUAAGUUAACCGAGGAUACUUCUUACUCAGUUAUUAAUAUGAAAAAAGGACAAUACCGGGAAAGGAAACCGGUUUAUUUGAAUAACACACUAUCAUCAACUAAAUUACUCAAUCAGCAACCUUUUAAAUCUGCUAACAGAACCAUUGAAGAUGGAGAAUCUUGGUCACCGGAAGCAGAAACCAGAAAUAACAUGAUGUCAAGUAGAACACAAUUAAAAUUCAACUUAGAUCCGCAAAAUUCACGUUCUCAGGAAAGACAAAAUAGUCAUGAUACUAUAAUUGAUGAAACAGUCAUGCGGGAUUCAGAGAUGAAAAUGAGUCAUAAACAAACGUUAUCAAUCCGUGCAGGUGUCGGGUCUAAUAUUUUGGCUGGUGAAAUGUGGGAUGAAGAAAUUGAACAGAAAAAUAUUUCUGAUAAUCAUGACCGACAAAAAAUGCAACAAGAAUGUAAUGAAUUAACACGUAGAAACCCUUUGAAGCCGAGUGACCACAGACCGAAAUAUGCAAUGGAAAAUAAAGAUGAUAUUUGUUCAAAACAAUGGAGUCAAAAACAGGAGCGUUCUAGAGAAUCGCAUAUCAGAUCAUCAGGUCGUAGGCGCCGUAGUCGCUCCCCACUUCUCGACAGAAGGCGAAGCAGUAUCAAUAGGUCUCCUCGUCGUUCUUUUGUGUGUAAUAGAGAAACUUCUUUCAACCGCGAACGAAGUCGAAGUCGAUCACCACGAAUUCGAAACAAAGAAAAAUUUUAUGAUAAUGCAAUUUGGUCCGACAGUGAUCGUUCUCCAAAUCAGCACAGAGCAUGGAGUCGUUCAAAUUAUAGAUCUCAAAUUUCACGAAGUAAAUCUCCUGAUGCCCGAAGACGUGAUCUUGAUCGAUCACCUUUAAACAGCAGACACGGUAUUUAUCAAGCACAGCAUAACAAACAUAGUGGCAUGAUGGACGGAAAAUAUUAUGCAGAUAGUUCAUCGAUAGUUGCACAUUCACCAUCUGUAUUGGAUGAAUACAAUCGCAAUUCAGAACGAUUAAUUUAUUCUCAAAAUAGACGAAAUUCACCAGAUGACUGUUGGAAUAAGUCACAACGAAGAUCGCCCAUUUCACAUCGAAUACGUUCAGAUCAAAGUAUACCUAAUAGACAUUGCAACUCUCCAGAAAUAUUACAAUCACCUACAUCAGAACGUCAAAAUUCAACUGAUAGGUCAGAGUGUCCAAAAGAGUCAUCAAAUAGACGUUCAAACAAAUUUAAUGUAGGGUCACCUUUAUCAGAACGCUGGAGUCCCGUCAGUAAAUAUGCAUCUGGUGUGUUCCAAAAACAUAACAAUCCACCAGUUGCCGAUCAGUAUCAACCAGAUAGCGUUGCAUAUAGUCCAUCGGCUGCAUGGGAUGCUAUUAGCUCAGAAGAAGAUGACAGUUUUAAUUUUUCCGCGAAAAAUCGAGUUAUGCAUCAGGACAAGACAGAAACAAUACCUUUGGUUCCGCCGCAGGCAUCAUGUAAUACCGAGGUUAUAUCGUCAUGUAAUAGUAAUCUUGAUAAAAACGAUGAAAAUAAAUCAUGUGUCGAUGGUGAUUCUAUGGAAAAAGUAAUUAAACCUGCCGAGCUAGUAGUUAUUACGGAAAGCAAAAAUCUGCAAUCGCACGAUCAGCUGAAGGAGGAUACGACAGAGAAGAAAAAUGUUCUAGAACAUUUGAAGCAACGAGCAGAAAGACUUAAACAGUUGGAAGAAAUGAAACUCGCUAGACAAAAAUUAUUGGCGCAAAUCAAACUGAAGAGUGAUAACAAAAAUUUGAAUGUCGAGUCGGAUGUCAUUGAUACAAAUUUACCAUUAAGAAAAAAUCUGUUCACGUAUCAAGAUCAACAACACGAUAGUGGUGCCAAAAUGAAGACUGAUGAAAAAGAGAGAGAGGAAUCAGCUCUUGCGUCGAGUCCGAUAGCUCCUUUAUCAUUAUUUGAAACAGCAGGAACUCUCUUAAGCCAUCUCGAUUUGAUGCUAAGUCGACCAGCACCUGUAAUUACCCCGGCAUUUGACCCACCAUCUAUUUCUAAAAUAGCUUCUGGGCUAGCACUCUCUGUUCCAACGCUACCAAAGGAAAUUCCACCACCAUUUUCGAUAAAUGAUCCGGUGACCUUAGAAAAUAUACAUAAACUUUCUAGCAACAGACAACCCGCAAAUCAGUUGCAUGUGUCUGAUAAACAAAUUGUUUCAAGUAUUGAUUUAAGCCUACCGCCACCGGAAAUGAAUCCACAGCUAAACUUACAAGAAUCGCAAAAUAUACAACAUACUCAACAGAUAAGUGAAAAAUGUUAUUGGCAAUCUCACUCUGUCAAUGCUUUAGACGAUUUUCGUAUAGCAGAACAGCAACACCGCUUUUCGGCUCAACACAGACCUAAUUUUCAUAAUGCUCCACAGGAGCCAUCAUUUCAAUUACGUCCGCCAGAAGAAGUUCGGCAAAACAACUUUGAACUUCGACGGUUAUAUAUGCAACAGCAAGAAAUGAUGCGAGAUCCACGACACAGCACCAGUGAUAAUGGCCUUGGAGUUUAUUCACGCCAUAACAAUAACAACUUCAACAAAAGUGACCCGUUUCAACGGUUUGGAUCCAGUCAUGUUAAUAAGCAGCGAUUCCAACAGAAUAAAUUUAAACGGAAUAAGCAAUCAUUUCCCCUGCAUAACUAUCACCCCAACAACUUGAGAGAUUUUGAAGAAAACUGUUUUGACAUGAACGUUCCUGGCAAUAAUGAGUGGUUUGAAUAAAUAAAACAAGUGCGUCUGCACAAUCAGUCAGCCAGAAUAAGGAUCCCUUAUCUAAAGAUCAAAUUUUUGACGGCGAGGAGAAAAAUUCUAUUUAAACGGAUAUGUAACGCUGUACAAAGUAGAAUAAAUAUAAUAAACAGAUUAUAACAGAUUGUAGUUGUUCAUAUGAAUAUCUGCACAAUGAAAAAUUGCUUUGACUAAUCGAAGUAAUGCAAUUCUUUUAUUUCACUGUAGUAAUAUAAACACUAUGUUAUUCAAUAUAAA